GCUCGCGACGUCUAUGUUGAGGAUGACGCUAUCGUGUUCCAAUCCCCAUCCUACCCUGGUAACUACCCUAAUGACCUCACAUGCACGUGGCAAGUGGUUCGUCAACCAGGCGAUUCCUACGUGAUGAGGAUAGUCGAUUUCGCGAUGGAGGAACGCUACGAUUUCCUCUAUGUAACCCGACUUCCGAAGUCUGGUGUGGGGAGCACUUCUCCGGGUAUCAGGUGGCGAGUUGUUUUUGGCUUGACGGGGGAGGACAUCGGGCAGCGGACCAUGGUGUGGUCGGAGAACGUCUGGCUGACGAUGAUGACUGACAACUCCAAAGAAUUCCGAGGAUUCUCGAUUGUAAUCGAGCGUUUGAAUGUCACUGAUCUUGGGGAUUUGUGCCAAAGUGGAGAGUUCCACUGCGGGAACGGCUUUUGCAUCAGUCAAACAGCCAUCUGCGAUGGCUACCUGGAUUGUCUGAAUUACAGAGAUGAAGCCAACUGCAGUGAAAUAGUUUGCCCAGGGUCGUACAAGUGUGAUAACGUCGACACCCCUGCUACUGUCCCCAACUCACAACCGACUUCCCCUGCCUACACCCAGCCUUUGACCACGCCAAAUCUACUGCAUACCUACUGGCCAACUACCUACCAACCGACCACCCAGACGGCCGACCAUGGAUAUGUCCAAGCUCAGUGCAUCCCAAGAGCUCUGGUUUGCAACGGAGCACAGGACUGCCCAAACCUCGAUGACGAAACAGACUGUGAUAAAAAACGAUGUCCCACCGGUUGCGACUGCCACUACAGUCCGGACGGCCACUUUGUGGUGUCCUGUGCAAACGGUUGGAAUGCGACCACGCUCUCCAACAUAGCCGCUACAACGUACACAUUACAUUUGUCUGGAGUUGACAUCAGCCUCGAAGGAGGAAUUUUCAAGGAGCUAAAAAAUCUGAAAGUGUUGUCAUUGAAGAACAACAAGAUAAAUGAAAUACCGAGGCACACCUUUGAUGGCCUGACCAGCUUGGUUUGGUUAGAUCUGUCUAAUACGUCCCUAACGGAGCUUCAGACGUUGGCCAUGGAGGAAUUAUCUGGUCUACAAGGAAUUACAAUCUUCGAUGUGCCGCUCAAAAGGAUUCAGGCAAAUGCGUUUACUGGACUCGGAAACGUAGAGACUUUGAUACUGGUGCGCAACGAUGGAAACUUGCCUCCAUUAGAAGUUGAGGAUUUAGCAUUUGAGGGUCUUGAAAACGUUUCACUGCUGUUUGUUGAUAAUCAUCGGAUGUGCUGUUUCUUCCCCGAAAAUGUUGAGUGCAAAACUCUGAAACCAGAGCCCGUCUUGUUCAUGUGCGGUGAACUCAUGCCCAGGGUCGUUCUGAAAGUCUUCAUGUGGAUCCUUGGAGUGAGCGCCCUCGUCGGCAACAUCUUCGUCAUGAUGUGGAGGUGUCGGGAGAAGACGGAAGGCAAAGCGAGUCGAAUUGUCCAAUCUUUCCUGGUGUUCAACUUGGCUGUUUCUGAUGCCUUAAUGGGGUUGUACAUGCUGAUCAUAGCUGGUGCCGAUGUGUAUUUUGGUAAACGGUAUUUCGAGCUUUCUGACGAAUGGCGAGCUAGUGUGCCUUGUCGGAUAGCGUCAAUGAUCUCCAUCGUUGCCAGUGAGGCCUCCGUCUUCUUUUUGACUUUCAUCAGCAUCGAUCGGUUCGUAGCAAUCGUCUUUCCCUUCAGCACCCACCGCGUUCGCCCCAAGAAAGCCAGGAUCAUCGCAGGCUGCAUUUGGAUUGGUACGUCGGUAAUCGCACUGGUUCCCACCAUCCUGGCCACAGACGAGCAGUCGGAUAUAUACGGCCUGUCUGACGUCUGCAUUGGGUUGCCACUGAGGACAAAGGUCACCGAGUACGAGAUCCGGGAGCAUACCGUUGAAGCACGGGGGAUGAGCGAUCUGACCGUAGGGAUACCAGUCCCCGCUGGUACCCGCCCCUCCUGGUUCUUCUCCAUCGUGUUGUUCCUGGGCGUCAACCUGCUGUGUUUCUGUGUGAUCAUGGCUUGCUACAUCGCUAUCUUUGUCAACGUCUCUAGGUCAGUCAAGAAGGUGCGGCGCCACAAGGGUCAGGACGACGAGGUGAGGAUGGCCAUCAAAAUGGCCGCCAUUGUCUCCACGGAUUUCAUCUGCUGGAUACCGGUCAUCAUCACGGGUAUCCUUGCCCAGGCUCGUGUGGUGGAGAUUCCAACCGAGGCUUAUGCUUGGAUCGUCGUCUUCGUCCUGCCCAUCAAUUCCUCCCUCAACCCUUACCUCUACACCAUCUCGGAUCUUUGCACCAGGAAACGUCAGGAGGCAGCUUCUAAGAGGAAGAUCAAGAGGACCAUCGUGGAUGCUAGCAACGUCACUAUCGAGUCUGUGGUUCAGUAAGUCAACCAGAAUUUCAUCUGUAAUGAUUUAA